CCACCAAAGCCCGCGGCCGCCUGGGACGGCGUACGAUUAGCUAAGGACGAUGCCGAGAAAUGCACACAGCAGGAAAUUUUUUAUAAGUCAAGAUUGAUCCAAGGCGUUGAAGAUUGCCUUUAUCUGAAUGUCUAUACACCGAAAGUGCCAUCCGAUCAGGAAGCGGCAACGUUCCAACGAUUUCCAGUCAUGGUCUUUUUACACGGUGGUGGAUGGGCGACCGGUUCCAGUCACUCUUCAUUUUACGGGCCGCAAUUUUUAUUGGACCAUGACGUCGUUUUGGUCACUGCGAAUUAUCGACUUGGACCGUUAGGUUUUUUGAGUACGGAGGAUAUGGAAUGUCCAGGUAAUGUAGGUCUGAAGGAUCAGGCGCAAGUCAUUCGAUGGGUGCACGAGAACAUUGUCGUUUUCGGCGGUGAUCCGAAUAAAGUGACCAUUUUCGGUGGAAGCGUGGGCAGUGCAAGUGUGCAAUAUCAUAUGAUAAGUCCUCUCUCACAAGGUCUUUACCAUCGCGCAAUUUCUCAGAGCGGCGCAACUCAUUGCCCAUGGGCUUUAAUCAAGCCGGGAUUGGCAAAAAAAAACGCUAAAAUCGUGGGUAAACAUUUGAACUGCCCCACUGAAAAUUCCAAGGAACUAAUCGCUUGCCUGCGUACAAAAAAUGCCGUCGAUAUUAUAAGUACCAGUCGUCUUUUCCAAGUCUUCGGUUUGGAUCCGAUAUCCUUACUACCGGUGAUAGAACCCAAUCAUCCAGGUGCCUUUAUAACGGAAGAUCCUGUAAUCUCUACGAAACACGGUCGAAUCGCUGAUAUUCCUUGGAUGAUGGGAGUCACAUCUGAAGAAGGGGCCGUGCGAGUAGGAACUCUUCACAGUUGGGACAAUGGUGAACAAAUGAAGAAAUUGAAUAAGGAAUACAAAAAAAUAAUGCCUAUCACUUUGAUGUACGAGAACACGUGUCCUAAAU